AUGGCAAACAGCCCGAAGGGGUACGAGGCUGCGAUUCAGAAGUGUCCCAUUGUGCAGGAGCUCAAUGCAAAGAAGAUGUCGGAGAAGAAGCCGGAGAGUGGGUUUAUUAAGACGCUCUUCGCUUACCUCUUCCCUUCCAGCCCGGCGGUUAAUGCGUUACUCGCUACUGCUUACAUCUCUGGUCCGCCGAACUUGCUUCUCGCGUUGGUCCCCGCGGGAAUUGACCCUGCCUCGCUUUCGACUCUUGUCGCUUUCGCUGUUGGUGGCCUUCUUGGAGACGUCUUCCUUCACUUGUUGCCUCAGACCUUCAUGGGUGAGCCGAGUGAGACCGCUGUCCGUUUCGUCAUGGUUGAUGACAAAAAGAACUUGGUCCUCGGUGUCUGGAUCUUCUUCGGAUUCGCUAUCUUCAUCAUCCUUGAUAAAUCCUUGCGCAUCAUGAACGGCGGUGAGGGUCAUGGCCACUCUCAUGGUCACGACCACGCUGCACCGGUUGAGAAGAGUGAGGCUUCUACGACCUCUUCUGAUGUUACCACCACCCGCGAGUUGCGCAACAGGAAAGUCGAUGUCAAAGCCCCCGCCACCUCUGCGGUCAAGGUCGAAGAACCAAAGCAGCAAAUCAAAUUCUCCGCUUACCUUAACCUCAUCGCCGACGCCGCUCACAACUUCACCGAUGGUCUCGCGCUCGCUUCCUCGUUUUACAUCUCUCCUACGAUUGGAGCUACCACUACCGCUGCUGUCUUCUUCCAUGAGAUCCCGCAUGAGGUUGGUGAUUUCGCGAUUUUGAUUCAGAGUGGUUUUACGAAGUCUCAAGCGAUGAUGUCUCAGUUCAUCACUGCCGGUGGCGCCUUUGCGGGUACGCUUACUGGUAUUGCUAUUCAGCAGUUUUCCUCCAAGUCCGCUCUCGGUGCGUCGGAGGGGUUGUGGGGAACUUCGUUGCGUGCGGGUGAUUUGGUAUUGCCGUUCACGGCGGGAGGAUUCUUGUAUAUUGCGACGAGUGUUGUGCCGGAGUUGUUGGAGGUUGGACCGAACAAGGGCCUUGAGAUUAGGAAGAUGAUGUCGCAGAUGGUUGCGAUGUCUGUUGGCAUUGCGUUCAUGUAUUUUAUUAGUGACUAG